CUUAACGCCGGCUGGCCGGCCGGCUUGCCUUGCCCGGUGGAUACCUUGUCGGUUUCCUAUGACAAACAUAUGCUCAAGAAGCCGUUUAAAUUCUUAACUAAUUGGAUAUAUUAGAGUAUAUAUAUUAUAUGCAUGUUUUAAUUGCGUUCAAAAUAAAAAGAUAAGGAGAUUUUGAAAUUAGGGAGUAUAUAAAUUAAGGACUGGGACAGUUACCAAGAUCAUCAUGCGAGUCUAAUUUAUAUGGAUUAAUUUCCAUAUAAAUUAGACUGGUUUGAUUGGAUCUAUAAAAAAAGCCGUCAAAUAUUAGGGUUUUAAUUUUAUUAAACCUAGCUAGGAUAUUGAGACGAUCAUCACUCAUCAGAAAGAAAGAAAAAAAGAUAUAUAUAUAUAUAUAUAUUGAAGGAAAGGAUUAAUUUAUUAUUUGUAAUUAAAGUGAUUAGCAUGGCGAGAACGAGCGAAGGAGGCCAAGAUGAAGAACAGGAAAGGAGGAGUUUGCUUGAAUCGAAUUCAUCCAAUAAUGGAGCCACAAGCAUGCAAACCCUAAUGAAUAUCAUCGUGUCCAUUGUUGGCACAGGUGUGCUUGGCCUUCCUUACGCUUUCAGGACCGCCGGAUGGCUUGCCGGUUCUCUUGGUGUCAUCACCGCUGCCCUCCUUAGCUACUACUGCAUGCUCCUACUUGUGCAAUGCAAGAGAAAAGCAAUUGUAGUAUUAGAAGGAGGAGGAGAAGAAAACAGAAUUGAAACGUACGGUGAUCUUGGUGCAAGAGCAUUUGGAGCGAAAGGAAGGUUUUUAACAGAGCUUAUGAUUGUCAUCUCUCAACUUGGAGGAACCAUUGUUUUCCUUCUCUUCAUUGGUGAAAAUCUCUCGUCGGUUUUCUCCGGCAGACACCGGAUCUCUCCUUCCGUCUUCAUCUUAAUACUCCUCCCUCUCCAGAUUGCUCUCUCCUUCAUCACUUCCCUCAAAGUGUUAGCACCCUUCAGUGCUCUAGCAGAUGCAUGCAAUGUGCUUGCCAUGGCGUUUGUCAUUAAGGAGGAUGUGAAACAGCUACAGAGUUUUGGAGGAGGCCCAAGGAUUGCUUUCAAUGGAGUGUGGAGCCUUCCUUUUGCUUGUGGUGUGGCAGUCUAUUGUUUUGAUGGCUUUGCAUUGACAUUAUCACUAGAGAAGUCAAUGGCUCGUCCAAAAAAAUUCCCUUGGGUUCUCUUGCAAGCCUUCAUUGGCGUCUGCAUUGUUUACACUUGUUUUGGAGUCCUGGGAUACUUGGCCUUUGGAGACAACACCAUGGACAUCAUCACUCUCAACCUCCCAAAUAGCUUGUCUUCCAUCAUUGUCAAAUUGGGUGUUUCAAUGGCUCUUGCCUUGACUUUUCCUAUGUCCAUGCAUCCGAUCAAGGAGAUCAUGGAAGCCAAACUGAAGUCCAGAAAAAGUAUCACUUUGCGUGCAGCUCGUGUGCUAAUGGUGGUGGCUGUGGCUGUGUUGGCUACUGCAGCUCCAGACUUCUCAGUGCUCAUCUCGUUCAUAGGGAGCACACUCUGUGCAUUGCUUUCAUUCAUCUUGCCAGCCCUGUACCAUCUCAAGCUCGUUAAUAAUCUGAGUGUUUGGGAAAGAGUAUUGGAUUACAUUAUUUUUGUAAUAGGAAUAGUUUUCGCUGCUUGUGGCACCUGUGCUGCUAUUGCUGGUCAUUUCAAAAAUUAAUGGAGUUUCUUUCAAUCAAUAAUAUC